AUGGCGCCAUGCCAGAUUCGAACCUACAGACCUCGCAGCCACAGACUUCUAAGGAUCCUCCCUCCUUCGGGACGCUUUUCCAGCUCCGCGCACCUCACUGCGCCGCGUCAGGCACCGAACCAGAGGCCGCGGCGCGCGCGUGACGUCACUGACGCGCGCCUCUUCCGCUUCCGCCAGACGCUGGCUGCACCGCUGCCGGUGCGGCUUUCGACGCUAGUGGGUCGGUUGCUCCCGGCGCCGCGGCGGAACCUGGCAGUCCGUGCUUCCGACGAGCCCUUGCCCGUGGUGCGCAUUCCGCGGGCGUUACGGAGCCCGAGCAGUCGUGGGAGGGGGCGGCGGCCGGUGGUGGUGCGAGCUGCAGCCCUGCCGGUGUGGGCGCGGCGGCCGGGAUGGAAGCGGCCCGCGCGCCUCGCCCGGAGCCGUUGUCCGGCGCCUCUCGCCUCGCCCGGCUGGGAGCUUCGCCGCGCUCGCUCGGGGGACCAGAGCUCCGUGCAGCGCGUGCGACGGGAGGCGCCCGCCCUCCGCAACCCGUCGUCCCGGGGCAGCUUUGCACACCCGAGCCUGCGCGCCCUUGAGGAAGAUGCGCCCCGAGUGGCUGGUCCCGCCGCGGUGCGGUCGAGUACCCUCCGCCCAGUACUUGGCGGCCACCGCGACGUCUGCGCGGAAACCGGCUGUGGAACGGAUCGGAGCUACCGCCUGUCGCGUCAACGGCUGUUGAGCGAAGCAAACCUGGACUCCCGCACCGCGGCAGCUCCCCGGGGCCUGAUUCUCGUGCCCUCCCGAGAAUUAGCCGGGCAGGUGCAAGCUGUGGCCCGGUCACUGAGCAAGUCCUUGGGCUUGCAGGUGCGGCACAGAGGACGUCAUGGCAUACGUAGGAUUAAGCUGCAGCUGUCCAGACAGCGGUCGGCAGAUGUUUGGGUCACUCCAGGGGCUCUGUGGAAGGCUCUGAAAAGUCGGCUCUUCAGCUUGGAGCAUUUCUCCUUCAUGGUGUUGAAUGAAGAGGGCACACUGCUGGAUGAAAGCUUGCUGGAACUGGUGGACUACAUCUUGGAGAUGACCCAUACCGCAGAAGGCCCAGAUGACUUACAAGACCCCUUUAACCCCAAAGCUCAGUUACCGCUGGUGGGAGCUACAUUUUCUCAUGUAAACCAAUUGCUGAGUGAAGUUGCCAACCCAGAUCUGGGUACCGUCACCAACUCCAAGCUCCACUGCAUCAGGCCUCGUGGCCGACAGACUUUUAUGAAGCUAAAGGGAGGAAAGAAGGCACAGUUGGUGCAGAUCCUCAAGCAACAUGAUGAUCACAUAAGACUGGACCCUCGCGAACCGUCCGGUACUGUGAACUGGCUAGGCUAUAUUCUGGAUGACCCCAAGAUCCAACAUCUAAGGCUACAAGGGCAGAUGCCAGCUGCCCUGAGGACAGGGGUUUUCCAGUGCUUCCAGAAGGGCUCCCAAGACAUCCUUGUUUGCACAGAGACAGCUUCUCCUGCCCUACACAGCUCCGGUGUGGAACUGGUUGUCAAUUAUGACUUCCCCCCUACCCUGCAGGGUUAUAUCCACAGAGCAGGAAGGGUGGGCCAUGUGGGGAGCGAGGUGCCAGGGAAGGUCGUCAGUUUUGUGACCCACCCCUGGGAUGUGAGCCUGGUUCAGAAGACUGAGUUGGCAGUUCAUCAAAGAAGAAGCCGUCCAGGACUCGCAUCCUCAGAGACAGUUUGCCUUAACAAGCCUGAUUUUGGUUUGCUUCAAAGUAAUGUUAGAUCAGGAAUCUUGCUGAGGUCCCAGGUGGAUAAUUACACUUGUCAGUAGAAGAUACUGGACUACUGUGGCUACUCUGAGGGCAUUAGGAGCUGAGCAAUCACCACCGCCUCCCACGCCGCACCCUACCCCUGCUUACUACCAUGUCAUCUACAGGGGAAAUGGAGAGAGCCAGAUGCGCUGGCAUGGGGAGACUUACUGCCUGGUUGGUGGCUACCGGGCCUAUGGGGAUGCUCCCAUUGCCACCCCUGCAAAGGCCAAGGAAGAGGAGCCAGCACCCAGGCAGGCUUCCAAGAGACGCCGAGCUCAGGAAGAGUCCCACAAAGAUAGAGGGUGCCCAAGCCCCAGAAUUCCUCGCCUGAGGCGUGGCAGCAAGAGGCGCGCCCAGAGAAGCUUGCUGGUUGGGCAUCUCUGUGGCGAGGACAAGCCUCAAGCUGCUGAGACCGCUAAGGCCCCUUCAGCACUGACCACUGCCCCUCUGGGACAUGACCUGAGCUCUCCUGCCUGUGCCCUCUUCAUCCGAGAGCCAGAGUCACGUCCCCUGGCCAGGAGCAAGGAGCCUCCGAGGUACAGUUGGAAAGGAGCAGCUGCCCUGACCAUCCCACCCUCUGCUCGGUCCUCUCCAGUCCCUUCGUGGGCAGAAGAAAGAACAGCCUGCCUUGUGCCAGCCGAGGAGGAGCCCAGCGCAGAGGGAGGAUGCGGAGAGACCUAACCCGGGUCUCUGUACCCAUGGGCUUCAGCUCUGAAUCUCCGUCAGCAUCCACCAGUACAAGCAGGAGUGGCUGGGCUUCCAGAAUCUGGACAAAUGAGCAGUAGCUAUCUUGAGAGACUCCUGCCUAAAGUUUCACAAGAGAGAAUAAACAACUGCAGGGAAGCCUGUGACCCAAAGCUGGGACACUAUGGAGAAUCCAGCCUCCCCCACCCAGGCUCCCCCAUUCUUUUAUAUUCAGCCCACUGUGGUGCCGGUGGGAUCCCCAACUGUUCAAUAAAAUGAUUUUUUAAUAUA